AUGAAGGCACCAAGGCCCCUAGGUAAGUCCCCUAAAGGUCGUGACAAAUGCUGGUACUGUGACUAUCAUAAAGAGCACAACCACUCGAACAACCGUUGUAGAGACUUAAUGGCAAAAAUUGAGGAGCUCAUCCAGAAGGGAUAUCUGAGGAGGUUUAGGGCGAGAGAAGAAGGAGGUGGAGGGAGAGAGGUUUUGCAGCUGAGGCAGGACCCAGGUCAGAAGGAAAAGGAUCGUGAUGACUCUCAACACCAGCGGAGGCGUCAUAGCAGCCCUGGUCGAGAGGUAGGGUCACAUCAAAGGGCGUUCAAGGUUGAGAGGGUGUUGGUCGAUAACGGCAGCUCGACAGACAUUAUGUUUUGGGAAGUAUUCCAGAGAAUGGAGCUGGAGGAGAAAUACUUGAGGCCAGUUACCACCCCACUGUACGGCUUCAUAGGAUCACUUGUUCAACCAAAAGGGAUGAUAGAGCUCCAGAUCCGUGUUGGUUUAGGUGAGUUGCAAAAGUCUGUUAUGGCUAAUUUUUCGGUGGUUGAUAUUCCUUCAGCAUAUAAUAUCAUCUUGGGAAGGCCAAGCCUCAACAACCUCAAAGCAGUAGUCUCCACUUUCCACCUCAAGAUGAAGUUCCCAAUGGAGAGGGGAGUCAGAGGAUGCAGAGGCGACCAGCUAGAGUCAAGAAGAUGCUAUGUGAAUACCCUCAAAGAAACGAAGAAGUUGAAGGACAUCUUUGUGUUGGAGGUUGACGACUAG